AAAGGGCGAGUGGCGCGCGCGUGUGGAUCGCCUUCGUUCAGUCCGGUCGCAGCUCCGCAGACAGCGGCCGCCUCUGGGUCCGAACCAGGAAAAACACGUCCCUGUCCGUCGUGUUCGGUUCGGCUCGGCUCGCGCGUGGACUCCACGGACAGAUUUAAAACCACCGAAGAAGAAGAGGCCAGCGGCGGCAGCUAGCAGCACCGAGAUGGUCGCGUCCACGCCGUGGAUCCUGCUGCUGCUAAUGUGUCUCCAGCACGGCGGUACCGUCCACGGUACGAAGACUGAAUGUGAAGCAAACCAGUUCCAGUGUGGGAACGGCCGCUGCCUCCCGUCGGUGUGGCAGUGUGACGGAGACGAGGACUGCAGCGACGGCAGCGACGAGAGCUCGUGUGUGAAAAAGACGUGCGCAGACGUGGACUUUGUGUGUCACAGUGGACAGUGUGUCCCCAAGAGAUGGCACUGUGACGGGGAACCAGACUGCGAGGACGGGUCUGACGAGAGCCUAGAAAUCUGCCACAUGAGGACGUGCCGCGUGAACGAGUUCAGCUGCGGACCUGUAACCACCCAGUGCAUCCCGGUGUUCUGGAAAUGUGACGGAGAGACGGACUGCGACAACGGAGAGGACGAGGUCAACUGUGGUAACGUCACCUGUGCGCUGAACGAGUUCACCUGCACCAGCGGCCGCUGCGUCUCCCGUAACUUCAUGUGCAACGGCGAGGACGACUGCGGGGACGGUUCUGACGAGGUGGACUGCGCUCCGUCCUCCUGCAGCCCCAGCGAGUUCCAGUGCGGGAACUCGUCGUGUAUCCCGGCCAGCUGGGUGUGCGACGACGACGUGGACUGCCAGGAUCAGUCGGACGAGAGUCCGUCUCACUGUGGACGCCACCCCACACCGCCGGCCAAGUGCUCGCCCAGCGAGAUGCAGUGCAGCUCGGGAGAGUGUAUCCACAGGAAGUGGAGGUGUGACGGAGACCCCGACUGCAAGGACGGCAGCGACGAGGCCAACUGUCCUGCUCGUUCCUGCGGGUUGGACCAGUUUAAAUGUGACGAUGGGAACUGCAUUCUGGGUAGCAGCCAAUGUAACGGCCUCAGAGACUGCGCCGACGGCUCGGACGAAGUCGGCUGUAAGAACGUGACUCAGUGUAAUGGACCCGAGAAGUUCAAGUGUCGCAGCGGCGAGUGCGUCGACAUGAGCAAAGUGUGCAACAAGGUCCGAGACUGUCCGGACUGGAGCGACGAGCCGCUGAAGGAGUGCAAUCUGAACGAGUGUCUCCUGAACAACGGCGGCUGCUCUCACAUCUGUAAAGACAUGGUGAUCGGCUUCGAGUGCGACUGCACGCCUGGACUGCAGCUCAUCGACCACAAGACCUGCGGAGACAUCAACGAGUGCAUGAAUCCUGGCAUCUGCAGUCAGAUCUGCAUCAACCUGAAGGGAGGAUACAAGUGCGAGUGUCACAACGGGUACCAGAUGGAUCCAGCCACCGGUGUCUGCAAGGCUGUCGGUAAGGAGCCGUGCCUGAUCUUCACCAACCGUCGUGAUGUCCGCCGCCUGGGUCUGGAGAGGAAGGAGUACACUCAGAUCGUGGAGCAGCAGAGGAACGUCGUGGCUCUGGACGCAGACUUCAACCAGCAGACCAUGUUCUGGGCCGACCUGGGUCAGAAGGCCAUCUUCAGCACGGUUCUGGAUAAACUAGAUGCCGGCGUCCAUAAGAAGGUGAUGGACGUUCAGUCUCCAGUGGGAAUCGCCGUGGACUGGAUCUACAAGAACCUGUACUGGUCGGACCUCGGCACCAAGACCAUUUCUGUCUCCAACUUCAAUGGAACAAAGCAGAAGGUUCUGUUCAGCAGAGACCUCAAAGAACCUGCGUCUGUCGCUGUGGAUCCCUUGUCCGGGUUCCUGUACUGGUCAGACUGGGGCGAGCCAGCUAAGAUCGAGAAGUCUGGCAUGAACGGAGUGGACCGGCAGGUUCUGGUGGCGACUGACAUCCAGUGGCCCAAUGGAAUCGCACUCGAUCUGAUCAAAGGCAGGCUGUACUGGGUCGACUCCAAGCUGCACGUCCUCUGCAGCGUGGACCUGAACGGAGACAACAGGAAGAGAGUUCUUCAGUCUGUAGACUUCCUGGCUCAUCCCUUUGCUCUCACAGUCUUUGAGGAUCGGGUCUUCUGGACAGACGGUGAGAACCAGGCCAUCUACGGCGCCAACAAGUUCAGUGGUUCUGACGUGGUGACGCUGGCCAGCAACCUGAACGGCCCGCAGGACAUCAUCGUUUACCACGAGCUCAUUCAGCUGUCCGGUACCAACUGGUGCGCAGAGAGGGGCGACAAUGGUGGCUGCAGCUACUUGUGUCUCCCUGCUCCACAAAUCAACAAACACUCCCCUAAAUACAGCUGUGUGUGUCCUGAGGGGCAGGAGCUGGCUGCUGACGGGAUGCGCUGCCGACCCGAGGCGAAGGUGAGCACGUCGAUCCAGGUGGACUCGACAGCCAGAGGUUCUGCUGCUGCCUGGGCCGUUCUGCCAGUCUUGCUGCUGGCCAUGGCUGGCGUCGGCGGGUACCUCGCGUGGAGAAACUGGCAGCUGAAGAACCAGAAGAGCAUGAACUUCGACAACCCAGUCUACCUGAAAACCACAGAAGAAGACUUGAGCAUCGACAUCACCCGACACGGCGCCAACGUGGGACACACCUAUCCUGCUAUUUCAAUCGUGAGCACAGAGGAUGAUUUAUCCUGAUCGUUUUGGGACUUUGAUUUCCUUCACGGAGACCUGCGUCUCGCAGCGCCUCUGUUACCAUGCCGACGGUUGUCCUCAGCAGCAGUCCUCUCCGUGUGACUGCACGCCUCCAGAAGUGCAUUAAGUCUUGAUCUGUGGCGACGAGGGAACUUUAUUUAUUACCAGACAUUUAACUUGUUGGUCUUCAAAUAUUUAUUUACA